GCAUUCACCUCUUAACUUUAACCAUGGAGCGCAUUCCUGUCUGUUUUAGUACGCGCCUGUGCGUGCGUGUGCGCGCAUGAGUCCAUAUGCGUGACGUCAGGGCCCCAAACAGCCCUCCUCCAAUCCGGAGCUCGGAGGAGCUUCCGGUAGAGGAAGCUGGGUCAGCUGUCACUGUCGGGAGGACGUGAAGGGGAGCAGUCGACGGAGGAGCCAGCGCCGCGCCACGGCCUCACCAUGACCACUUUCACCCCCAAACUCAGCGCCUACACGAUGACCCAGCUCAACGAGCUGCUGGAGGACGACGAGAAGCUCAGCAACAUAGUGCAGGAAAUGGACGAGAUGCAGGGUGUCCAGCAGAGCAAAGACACCACACUGGCCAGCAACCGGAACCUGGCAGAGCUGAACCUGGCCCUGCAGCCCCAGCUGGAGCAGAGGAAGGAGAAGCUGUCCGCUCACUACAGCUCCCUGCAGGAGAGCUUCGAGACCUACCAGUUCCGCAAGUCCACCCUAGACCACACCUCUGGAAACACGUCCCUGGACACCCUGCUGGCGCUGCUGCAGGCCGAGGGAGCUAAGAUCGAGGAAGAGACAGAGAACAUGGCGGACUCCUUCCUGGACGGAGACGUGACCCUGGACACCUUCAUCGACGCCUACCAGAGCAACAGGAAGCUGGCCCACCUGCGGCGCGUCAAGAUCGAGAAGCUGCAGGAGAUGGUGCUCACCGGCCAGCGGCUGCCCCAGGCGCCGGCCGCCAGCUCGGCCCUGUCGUCGGGGGCCCUGCCCAUGGCCCUCCAGCACGAGGCCUCCGCCAGCACCCGCUCCCCCAUGGCCCAGCCCCGGAGGAAGCCCCCCCAGCCCCCGCAGCAGCAGCUCCCCAGCCCCGGGCCGGCUCCGCCCGCGACCGCCGCCCCGCCCGCCCCGCCCGCACAGCCCUCCGUCUUCUACACCACCGCCUCGCCCUACCCCCCCAUCCCGCCGCGCUCCGGCCAGCAGUUCCCCAACAUCCCCGCCGGCUACCCCAGCCACUACCUGUCCCAGUACCCGGCCCAGUACGCGCCCGCCCUGCCCCAGCGGCCCCAGGGCCGUCUGGCCCACCAGCCUGGCUUCAUCAUGCAGUAAGGGCCCCGCAGGGGAGGGGGGGGGCCUGGGGUCAGCCAGGCGGACCCCUCCCCCUGGACUCCUCUGGGAUUAUUAGUUUCUUGUGUUGCUCCGUGCCUCCUCGCACGAACCCCGCGGCACACGGACGCCGAGAAGACGAGCGCACGGGGCGGGACGCCGUGCCGCCGACGCGCCUCCAUAAUAAUCUGUUCAUUUUUCGCUGUGGAUUCUUUUUGUCUGUGCACUCCUGUCCCGGACACUCCCGCCACGUCGCGGUCGGAAAACUACAACUCCCAGCGAAGAGAAGCCCACGCGACAGGCCAGACCACCGCCC